UUAUAAAUUACACCCAGGGGGAAGAUACCACCAGUCCGGUCCCUUACACGCCUUUCUUGUGACGUGUUAUGCGCGGCCAUAAAACGGUGACCUAUUGUGACGUAACCAAGCAUCAAUACGCUACAUGAACUGUGUUCAGUUUUGAUAUCAACAGUACAAUCUCUUUCUUCAAUCAGCUUGUUUCAGCUAAUCUUUUGCCGCAUAGUCUGCCCUAGCUGACGCUGUGCAGAGAAUACUACGAUUGGAAACGGUUGGUUAGACCCGUUCGCACUGCACAAGAAAACAAGAUGGAUCGUAGUGAUGAGAGAAUCAAAAGAGCUUUAAGGCGCCGCCCUUAUGUGUUGAAUCCAGUGAGGGUGAACUCCCCUGAUUCUGUGAUGUGGCCAACCGGUAAGGUGCACAGAAGACCAAGGCCUUCUACUUCAGCGCAGACCCCUCAGAUCCACAAAAGGCCUCCAAUCAUUGAGAACUGUGGGCAGGAACAGACAUCUGGGGAUGGACGGGACAUGAAUCCAGAGCGUCUCAGCCAGUCUGGAAGGGUGACUCGGCUGAUGGAGAGAAAUUAUGAUGGGGUGAUCUCAUCCUCCAACUCUGAUGACAUCUCUAUCUACUCCUUCACUGACUGUGAAUCUGAGAGCCCAGGGAAAGUCUCUGGUCCUGUGUCUGGCCUCUCUCCUCUUGUGACCUCAGCACCCCGGACCCUGGCUGAAGCCCUACAAGCCCUGCCCUCUGCUGUGGCCCGUCCCUCCCAAAAGGAUGUCCCAAAGCCUCCGACACCUCUAAGCCCUGUCUCUGUCAUUGUUGCUUCGCCUGCUGUGGAGUACUUACCAUACCACCGCAGCCCUCGCCUGGCCCCAAUCACCAACCUGAGUGAGAACGGCAGGAAGCUGCUCCAGAAAAUGUCAGGAGGGACGCCACAGGAAAGGAAGGUCAAAAGGAAAAAGACCAAGGGAAAAAAGCAAGUGAAGAAAGAGAAGGCCAGUAAGAUGCAGCAGGUGGAAAAUGUUGGAGAAAGUAAGGAGGACAAGAAAGAGGAAAUGACGAGUCUGAGGAAGAGGUUUCUCCAGUGGCUGCUGCCCAAACUGAGAUGUUCGAAGAAAUAAUGGCCAACUACUACUACAGCACACACACAUACUAUUGAUAUUGGUCUCAUUGUUAUAUUUUGAGACAUGCACCAUUCUUAAAAAAAUAAAAAAGACCCAAUAAUUAUAUUGGUUCCCAUACAGCCUA